AUGUCCACCACCCAACGCCCAAGACGCGUAAUCAAGCGUCCAGAUGACUCUGCCAUGAACAAGGAAAUUGAAGAAUUGAGGGCAGAGAUCAAGCAGUUGGACUUGUCUCAGAACAAGAUUUCUGCUGAAAUCGACAAGAUCGCUUCGGACCCAAAAUUGAACGAAAAGAGACAGGAGUUGAGAGACCAGUUGAAGACUAUUGUUGCCAAACAGGCCACCAUCAAGCAGGAGAGAAGAGCUAUUCAGGAGCAGAUCAAGAACGUCGACACCAACUUGAAGAGAAAAAUCGGUGACAUCCAAAAGUUGACUGGCAAGAACAACUACAAGUCUGGUGCCGAGAUUGAUGCCAGAGUCAAGUACUUGGACGAUUUGGUUGGUACAGGCGACUUGAAGUUGGCUGACGAGAGAAGAUACGUCAAGGAAAUGACUUCUUUGCGUAAGUUGAGAAAGGACUUUGUCGAAGUCGAGAAGCAACAAGAGGAAAUCGACAAGGACAAGGCCAAGAUUGCCGACUUGAAAAAGAAAUUGAAUGCCAUCGACAACAAAGAGGUUCAACAGCAGUACGAGAAGGUGCAAAAGGAAUUGGAUGCUAUCAACGACGCCAACAAGUCGGUCUAUGACAAGAGAGCUGAGUUGUACAAGAAGAGAGAUGCCGUGAGAGCUUCCAAGAAUGAGAAGUACAGCAAGAUCAAGAAGUUGAGAGCCGACUUUGACGCUGAAUUUGCCAAGUUCAAGAAGGAGUUGGCAGAGGAACAGAAGAAGAGACAGGAGGAAUACAACGCCAGACAAGCCGAGCAAAAGCAGGCUAAGCUCAAGGAAGCAGCCGAGCAAAGAUUGGCUGAGGCUUCUAUCCCAGCUUUCACCGAGGAGAUCAACGAGAUCCACACCUUGUUGGGAUACUUUGACCCUACCUACGUCAAGCCCCAAAAGAAUGCUGUCUUGGAUGCCACCAAGUCUACUUUCGAAGAGAAGAAGAACAUUAGAGAGGUGGAGAUGCCUUCCGAUGUUGUGAUCUUGAAGAAGGAACAACAAUCUUUCUUUGAAGGUUCCAAGACCAAGAAGAACAAGAAGAAGGCAGCUAAGUCGAAGAACUUCACUGUGGAUUCGGAUGUUAUCCUCUCCUUGACCAACUUGUCCAUCCCAUUGCCAACAAAGUCCGACGAUGUUCCUAAUACCAUCAACAUUUUGAAGGAAACUUUGACUGCAUUGCAAGAGAAGCAAGAAGAACAGACCAAAGUCAACAUCGAAAAGGCCAAGGCUGAGAUUGCCAAGCUUGAGGCCCAGGCCGAAAAGGACGAUGAAGAGGAGGCUGAAGCUGAAGCGGAGGAGGAAGCAUAA